AUGGCCCUCAAUCUCGAGAGACAGCUUACUUUUUACGGUGCUUACCACGGCAACUCGGUUAACAUUGCUAUUCAUAUGGCCUGUGUGCCUUUGAUCCUUUUUACUGGCUUCGCUCUGGCCGCGAACACAGGCACACUCAUUCCGCUGCCCGAUGUCCUGACCGUACCCAAUCUCCAGCUCAACUUCGGCACCAUAUCAGCAAUACUUUGGGGAGGUUUAUACGUCUUGUUAGAACCAGUCGCGGGUACCGUUCUGGCUCUCGUUUGUCUGGGCGCUGCCGCCUUCUCGAAUGCCGCCCUGUCGCAAAAUCCUACCCUGACGAACCAGGUCGCCGUCAUCGUACACGUCGUCUGCUGGCUGCUCCAGUUCCUCGGACACGGCGUCUAUGAGGGCCGUGCCCCAGCUCUGUUGGAUAACCUGGUCCAAGCCAUCUUCCUCGCGCCACUAUUCGUCUGGCUCGAGGUGCUUUUCAAGUUUGGCUACAGGCGCGAGUUGCAGAGCCGUGUCAAUAAGGCUGUGCAGAUCGAGAUCGCCAAGUUCAAGAAACAGAAGGCAGACCGCGCGGCAAAGAAUGGAAAGGCCCAUUGA